AUGGCCUACGUACCCCAAAUCACAAAUAAGAAAGCCAAGAAGGUCAAGACAGUCAAUACCCCCAAUACCACCAUUAAGAAGACCACCAAUAGGAAGACUGCCAGGGAGAGCGCCAAUAGGAAGACCACCAAAAAGGCUCCCAAUCCUCCUGUUGAUCUCAACAAGCUUUUCCCACCCUGGGGCUCUGAAGACGCACUGAACCAGACGGCAAACAAGGAAGCUACUGAUAUCAUUCUAGCCGUGUACCAUGACAUCAAUGCUUACUGCAAUCUCGAGAGACAUGCGAGAAACAAAGUGUACGAUUCUCAAGAGACGUUCUCCAACCUGCUUGUCUUCACAGAAGGAUUUGUGGAGCGGGAAAUCGGCUACUACACGUCCUGCGUGGAAUCAUUCAAGGCGGAACACGAAUUCGUUACUGGGCUAGGGUGGAAGAUGUUUGCUAUCUGUGCCCAUGCCGAAGCAUUCCGACGGGGUAUCAAAGAAGCCGACGAUAGGACCUGGGGGUUCCUGCUCGAGAAGAUUCACGAAAACUCCGUGAGUAUUGAACUUUAUGCGCACAGCCGUACCCUGAAGUGGCGUAAUAUUCUUCAGGUCUACCAGGACAACCCCAUCCCAGGCCUGCCAGAUAUGAAACCCGAAAUCGAGACAUACAUGGUAUGGAAAGUCGACCACCCUCAUCACACGGUCAUCACGCUUGAUGGCAAGCUAAAGGAACCCACAUACAAUGGCAAGUUACAGCAACACAUCAACGAGAGUAUCUAUGAUCCCAAGAAGUGGAGUGGUCAGAAACAGGACCCGACACUUCGCAAGAAGCCCAAUGGCAGUUCAACCAACGUCGGACGCAACUGUGUUCUAUGCGGCAGCCCUGUUUCUUGUGACUGCCGCUUGACAUCUCGGGCAGGAGAACUGGUUGAGCUUAGAGAAUACACCGAGAAGGGUACUGGUGUCCGAGCGCUGGCGAGAUUCGGGCGCGGUGAUAUUCUCGAUAUCUUCAUGGGUGAGCUCCUUCCCUACCCCGCAGAGGAGGUCUAUCCUCUAACACAAAGCGACGACAAAUCGGAGUUCUCCAAUCUGUGUACAAUUUGCCCUCACCAGUUUGGCAACUGGACUCGUUAUAUCAGCCACUCGUGCCGGCCCUCGACGCAAUUCAUGACUCGCACCAUUGGAAAACAAGUUGUGUGCACAGUUGAAGCUAUUCGCGAUAUUCUGCCAUUCGAAGAGAUCACUGUUAGCUAUGGCAAUAAGUACUGGGAGUCUGCUGGCUAUAACUGCCUAUGCGGACACUGCGAUGGGCUACUGACGGAGAGCUAUGCGCGGGGGCCAUCAGGUCCGCCCUUGAUUGAGUCCACAGUUGGGGACCAUUUCGCCAAGAUUGUCGCGGAAUGCGGAGAUAGAACAGCUGUUAUCUCGAGACACCAAAAAGAUCGAGCAACGUAUGCCUCCUUGGACACAAGAAGCAAUGCCCUCGCCCGGGGGCUGGAAUCACUGGGUGUUGUGAAGGGGGAGCGGGUUGGAGUCAUGCUUGGGAACUCGAUGGAAUACGCUGUGGCAACAUACGCGUUAUUCAAACUUGGCGCCGUCUUGGUUCCGCUCAAUCCGUCUUUCAAUACUGCACAAGUGAUUGCGGCCCUAGGUCACCUAGGAUCCGGUCAUCUUCUAAUAAGUACAGAGUCCAAUCUGCCCCGAAAACAACCGCGCAGUAAUGUUCCCUUGCUCAACGACAUUGUUGAAGACCUCCACAAGUCAAACCUGGAGUCCGCAUUGGUCCCUUCUCUGAAGAACAUCAUUAUGGUCGAUAACUCUGAAGGCCGCGUGGAUAUAUCUUCCUAUAAAAGCUUGACGCCGUAUGCAUCUAUUGUGUCCCAGCUUACUGCAGACGGCCGCCCACUUCCUCCCCAGAAUCUCUCACCGGAUGAAACUGUGAAUAUCCAGUUCACGUCAGGAACCACAUCAAUGCCCAAGGCAGCAUGCCUUACCCAUCGCUCAAUUCUAAACAAUGGCUCUCAGAUUGGCGAUCGCAUGCUUCUCACGCCGAAUGAUAUUGUCUGUUGCCCACCACCGCUGUUCCAUUGCUUCGGCGGUAUAUUAGGCUAUAUGGCAACAGCAACCCACGGCUCAGCCAUCGUCUUCCCCAGUGAAUCUUUCAAUGCUCGGGCUGCACUAGAAGCUGUUCAAGAGGAGAAAUGCACCGCGCUGCACGGUGUACCGACAAUGUUCCUCGAGGAGUUGAGCAUGAUCGAGAUGGGAGAAAUCUCCAAGGAGGGAUUCCAGUAUCUUCGCACGGGAAUCGCUGCUGGAAGCAGUAUUCCUUCUGAGAUCAUGAAAAAACUACACAAGGUAUUGAACCUGACCGAAUUGACGAUUUGUUAUGGAAUGACGGAAACAAGCCCCGUCUCGGCUAUGACAACGACGGAUGAUCCCAUCGAUAAGCGGAUCUACUCUGUCGGAAAACUCAUGCCACAUGUCGAGGCAAAGAUUGUGGAACCGAUGGACAAGAAAGAGAUUCUCCCCAUAGAGACACGGGGUGAGUUGGCAGUAAGCGGGUACCUGCUGAUGAAGGAAUACUGGGAUGAUCCAGAAAAGACCGCGGAGGUGAUGAUUCCAGAUGAGUCUGGAAAGUUGUGGAUGCAUACUGGAGAUGAAGCUUCCAUGUCCUCGGAUGGAUAUAUCACUAUCACCGGACGGAUCAAAGAUCUGAUUAUUCGCGGUGGCGAGAAUAUACACCCCCUAGAGAUCGAGAAUUGCUUGCUAGCCAACGAUAGCGUUGCAGAUGUGUCUGUCGUUGGCGUCCCCGACGCGAGAUAUGGCGAGGCAGUGGCUGCUUUCGUUAUUCCUCGGGACCACGGCUCAAAAACAGUCACUGCUGAGGAUAUUCAGCAAUGGGUGCGUGAGAAGCUUAGCAACCAUCUUAUUCCGAAGCAUGUUUUCUUUUUGGGCCCUUUGGAGCCUUUCCCGAAGACGGCAAGUGGAAAAAUCCAAAAGUUCAAGCUCAGGGAGAAGGCCAUUGCACUUUUGACCAAGAGCGCUCCAUAA